AUGGCGGCGCCGCUCAAUGGGUGCCACGCCCGCAGCAGCGUCACCCGGACGCCGGCAGGGGCGACGCCCCGGCGGACCACGGUGGCCGCGCUUCUCGUAUCAGCAGCUGCGAGAGCUCUGCCCGCACUGUUCCGCAGCGCAGGCGAACACCGCGCGGCCUGUUUCGUGCUAGACGUCAGCCUAGAGACCGCGCCUGGGGCUCUGGAGACGCCGGUAUCGGACAGAGCAGCGGCGAGGAAGCUGUGGAGUCUGGAGACCGGCGCCGCCCCCGCCUCCGCCCACCUGGGCCAAGCGCACGAGAACGCGUUCCGGCGGCUGGCCGCGCCUGCCUCGAUCGAUGACGCAUCCGGCGCAACGGCGGCGGCCGUGGCCGCCAUUCAUCGCUGGACGCCGGGGUGGCGCCGGCCGCAAGGUUGUGGAAACGGGAAGUACCUCGGGGUCAACCCCCUGGUGUUCAAGGUGGGGGUCGACCGGUGCUGCAGUCUGGCCGAAGUGGCGCGGGAGAAGGACCACGAGGUGCUGAUGUGCGACAACCUGUCGCUGCCGUUCCGGGACGAGAGCUUCGACGCGGUGCUGUCGGUGGCCGUGGUGCACCACUUCGCCACCACGGAGCGCCGCGUGGGGGCGCUGCGCGAGCUGGCGCGCGUGCUGCGCAUCGGCGGCCGCCUCAUCAUCUCCGUCUGGGCCAUGGAGCAGCGCCACCGCAAGUUCGAGUCCCAGGACGUGCUGGUGCCGUGGCACCGGCCGCAGCAGCUGAGCACGCCCUCCCUGGAGCUGACGUCGACGACGACGACGACGACGUCCGAGGAGGAGGAGGGUCCGCCGCCCUACCACGCCUACACUCAGACCUCGGACAGCGACUCCUGCCGAUCGCACAGGAGUCCUCGGCGGCGCGGCAGGACUCGGCACAAGGGGCGCUCCAUCGACCCCGCGGCGCCCAGCUCCUCGCCCAGCUCCUCUAGCCUCUCCAGCCCCAACGAGACCUGCUACAGCUUCGUCCGCAGGGCGCUACAGAAGCUGGCUGGCGGCAAGCGCAGCGGCUCGAGCAGCCGGCCCUGGUUCCUGGACUCGUGGAGUUCGUGCACCAAGGAGUCGCCGGCGGGCACGGGCCAGCGGUGCUGUGAGGAGUGUGGCCAGCCGGACUGCGCGGGGGCCAACAACGACGCCGCAGAGGACAUCCAGGACCUGCCCAUCGAGCUGCGGCGCCUGGAGGAGGAUGGCAGCGGCAGCGGUAGCGGGGGCGGAGGCGGGAACGGCCUGCAGCCGGAGGUGGCGCCCCAACGGCGGCAGACGCUGGCCUGCGCGCGCCGCCCCCACCUCGCGGCCUCCGGAGCCCUCGCCCACCUGCCGCCGCCCCCGCAGCUCAACUACAAGUCCAAGAGCCUCAGCGACAUCCUCACCGUGGGACAGCGCGGCAUCGUCAGGUCGCGGUCGAGCGUGCCCAGCCUGGCGGCGGGCGACUGCGCGCUGUCGCUGUCGCUGCCCGCGGGCGGCGGGCGGGCCUCCCUGGCCAAGCCGCGCCUCGUCAAGCAGAAGCAGUCGCUGUGCGACGACGAGGCGCGCGAGGAGGCCGAGGAGGGCGAGGACCCCAGCGACCUGCGCGACCUCGUCAAAGCGCUGCCCGAGUUCAAGGUGUCGGCGGGCGGGGUCCGUCGCUGCGGGAACGUGUUCAAGCAGAGCUCGAUGAACGAGGAGCUGAUGAUGUCGACGGAGCGGCUGCGCGAGAAGGAGCGCGUGCGGCAGAACAUCCAGAAGCAGGCGUCGCUCAACGAGGAGCUCAUCUACCGCCGCCACCGCACGCUCGACUCGCUGCGUGACACCUUCUUCUCCACGUCCACCGCCAAGCGCUUCCAGCUGCUCAAGAACGGCCUCACCAGCAAGAUCAAGAGCUCCACCACCGGCAUCGAGAAGGUGGCCGGGUCGUCCUUCAAGAACGGCUUCGUGCGGAUCCUGCAAGGCUGGAAGGGCGGCGAAGCGGCGGCGGGGGCGCAGCCGCCGCCCUCCCCCACGCCGGCCUCCGGCUCCUCCUUCGACGCGCUGUCGCCUCGCACGCCGCCCCCGGACUCGAAGAAGCCUCUUCAUUUGAGUGUAAUGGGCGGCGUGAACAACAGCAACUGCUGCGAGGCGUCCAGCCGGCCGGGCGAGCGGCGGCACUCCAGGGAGGACGGCUCCGACUCGUCCAAAGACUCCAGCCUGCAGAGCGACACCAGCGUCGACUCGGAGGACAGCUUCGCGUCCGUCAUCUACGUGCCCAAGUCUGACCAGCAGCAGCAGCCGCAGCGCCUGCGGCAGGUGCAGGAGAUGCUCCGGACGCGAAUCACGCCUCUGGCGUCGCGAUCAUCAGGCGGGGGCUCGUCGCGGCCCAUGUUCCCGCUGGUGCGGCGAUCGUCGACGGCGGGCACUGGGGCCAGGCCGGAGCCGCUGGCGCGCCCGCUGCCUCGCCUGCUCUCGCUGGAGCUCUUCAACCCAGAGACGGACGACAUGGACAGCGACUCCAGCGGCGUCUCCUCCCCGGACUCCGUGAGCUCCGUCAUCAGCGUCCUCACCGAGGAACCCGCCCAGCCGGCAGACGAUGCAGCAGGGGCGGUGCGCAGCAGCGCUGACAGUGCGCCCGCCACCUCCGAGGCGCAUCCCCACCCCCGCACACCGUCGCCGCCCCCGCCGGCGCCCACGCUCCAGCCACCGCCAGCCCCGCCGCCUACACUCCCCGCAGAGGACGAGCUGGCGGCCCCCGUGGCGGCCGCAGUCGCCUCCCCGUCGUCGCUGAGCCUGCUGGAGGCUGCGGCGGACGUGGCCAGCUCCCUGGAAGACGCGGUCGACGCCGUCAUCCAGUCGAGCCCGCGCGCGCGCCGCCGCAACGCCACCGGCAGCCGCCGCGUCAGCCCCCGACGCGAGGCACCUUCCGCCCCCGCCGCCACCGCUCCCGCCCCCGGCUGGCCGGCGGAGGGCGGCGACGAGAGCUGCCGGCAGCACCUGGCGGACUUUGCGGAGAAGCUGAGCGAGAAGCUGCUCGAGGAGAUCGACCAGUACCGCGCGGAACGCAGCCGACCCGCGGACGACCCCUACCUGUCGCGGCUCAGUGAGGAGCUGCACGACCUCAGCCGGCUCAGCGAAGAGUUGCACGAGCGCAACUCCUUCAUCGCCAGCCUCAACGAGAGCUCCGACCGGAGGAUCCUCGAAGAUCUGAAGAACUUCAGCUGGGAGGCGAGCAGGCGGCACCGCUCCGCGACACUCGCGGGCACCCCGGAGGCCGACGGGCGGCGAGAGGGCGCCGCGCCGGAACCGGAGACCCGGCGCCGUGACGGCGGGCCCGUGUCCGAGGACGUGGCGCUCGAGUCCUACUCGAGGCAGACGAGCGCCGACCUGACGGACGAGCUGGAGGACGAGGAGGAGGAAGUGUCCCCACCUCCCCCGCAGCACCCGCCCCCUCCGCCGCCGCCGCCGCCCCCGCAGUUGCGCUCCGGCCUCUCUCUCGAGUCGAGCAGCGACGCGAGUGACGGGCUGCCCACGGCGAGCACCGCGUCGCUCAGUGACGGCAGCGGGGGCAGGGGGCGUGUCGGGGGGGCGUCUUCGUCCGAGGAAGCGCUGCCGCCCCCGCCGCCCCCGGAAGACCUCCCGAAGACGGAGUCGUGCGCCUCGUCGCUGAGCGGCUCGACGUCGCAGGAGUCGCUGCCGUCGGACGGCGGCGGCGCCAUCACCUUCCACCGCUACUACCACGUGUUCCGCGAGGGCGAGUUGGACCAGCUCAUCGAGCGAUACGUCGAAAACUUGCACAUCAUCUCGUCCUAUUACGACCACGCCAACUGGUGUGUAGUGGCGGAGAAGGUCCAGGUGUGGACUAUCUGA